GACAAUGAAGGAAGAAAUUCCCAAACCCUAAAAUCCGCAACAACAACAAAAAAAACCCCAGAAAUCCCUCCUUAUGAAAUGGAAUGGUGCCUGAAGAUUAUUAGUUAUAUAUCCAGUGAUGGGUGGAAAUGCAAAGAUCAAUUGCAGAAUCAUGUCAUACCUGAGCUGCAGGACGGUGAAGAACAAAACGAUAAUUGUUGGUCUAAAAUCCGAUAAUUGCAGCAGAGAAAUGCUGCUCCAGUUACUCAUCCUGCUUGUCAAAUCUGGGGACAAUGUGUUAGCAAUUCAUGUCCAGGAAAUGAAUGAUGCUUUUGAUCCCAACACUUUCCACAUCCAUGAAGAUAUCUGCAAAUCCAAACAGGUCGAUUUUCUUGUUAAAAUUUGUACUGGGAACUCGUAUAUAUCGGUUUUAUCUCAUCAAGUUCGGGAAAAUUAUGCUGCAAUCCUAGCAAUUGGGUGCAACAUUCCAGGGCCGAAUGAUUCGUCUGUAAGCGCUUGUCUGAAAAGUUUGCCUCCCACAUGCACUCUUCUGGUGAUGGAUGAUGCUGGAAGAAUCCUAAUCCAAAGGCAGCGAACAUCCCAGCAAGGUUCUACAGGUGUACCUAUUGAAUCUUGUUUAUCAUCUUCCCAGAUAAACUCUGUAGUUGAUCAAUCGACGAGCUCUCGUCUGCUAAAAAAGUCCUUGACAACACCAUCGUCAUCGACAUCACCAUCAAUGUGUCAAUUUGACAGUGAUGGGCAUUACGUUCUCAAGAAGACGUUUCCUGAACAUCAGUUUAAGAAGUCAUUCACUAUGCCAUCUUCUUCUGCAUCAUCAUCGUCGACAUGGCAAACUGGUGGUGGAGGCCAGCGGAAUCCGAAGAAUGUGACUGCAACGAGGAGGUUUCACAGGAUGGCAUUCCAAGAAACAGUGCAACCCUGCAGGCGGUUUAGACUGGAAGAGCUCAGCAUUGCCACCGAUAAUUUCAGCCCCAGUAUGGUGAUUGGAAAGGGAGGAAAUGCUACGGUAUAUCGAGCUAACCUCGAGGAUGGUCAAGCUGCAGCUGUGAAAGUCCUCAAAACCAUGACUUGGUCCACAAAGGAUCUUCUUCGAGAAGUGGACACACUAUCCGGCAUAGAGCAUGAGAACAUAGUUGAGAUGAUUGGAUACUGUGAUAGCAAAGAAUUGCAUGCAAUAGUUUAUAACCUUCUCAAUGGAAGCUUGAAACAAUGUUUACAACAACUCAAGUGGGCCGAGAGGAUGACUAUCGCAAUCGGUGUCGCCAAGGCUCUCGAAUACCUUCACCAUUGUUGUGAACCUCCCAUCAUUCACAGAAAUGUGAAACCAUCUAAAAUACUUCUCUCUGAUAAUUGCCAACCUCAACUCUCGGGUUUCAGAGCAGCAGUAGUGCAUAACCAUUCUUAUCAAGUCCAAGCAAACACAAAGCCAGUCGACAUAGUUAGGACAUUCGGAUACUUGGCACCGGAGUACAUGGUGUGUGGAAAGAUUGAUGAAAAGAUUGAUGUUUAUUCCUAUGGGGUUGUGCUGCUGGAACUUAUUACAGGGAAAGAAGCUAUUCAAAGCACUCACAAAAACCUUGAAAGCUUAGUGCUUUGGGCAAGAUCUUUAUUCCGGUUUGGCCUAUGCGAGCGCUUAGUUGAUCCUUGCUUGGACAAAGAUUACAAGAAAGAAGAGAUGGAAGUAAUGAUGUUUAUAGCACGCCUCUGCCUUAUGCAUUCGUCUUCUCAAAGGCCGACAAUGAAAACCAUACUAAGGUUGUUUGAGGACUCAGAGUAUUGGUUAGAGAUGCAAAGGGAGAAAGAUCAACUCCUAAAUGGGUUUGGUUCCAUAGGUGAAAAAGAUUUGUUGAGACAAUAUGAGUUAUCAAGUGCUGGAACCAGGGGAUGGGAUGAUACCUAGAUAAGUUGUAUAAGUUUUCGAUUUUUAUUUUUUCCUCAGAACAAAACUGGAUUUGCUCAUGCAAAAUAGAUAACCAUCCAACCAGAUUUGAUCUCUUCUCACCUAUUCACCAUGCAAAUCUAUAUCAACUAUAUGCCAGCAUGAGCAAAUUUUCUCAAGUAGUGUUUAUGCUAUGUAGCAAUGCAGAAUCUAUUAUAUUUCUUACAUCUUUUGUUUG